AUGGAGAUCUCAGUGACAGUGUUAUGGACGUCUGGAGCAGUGUGUCUUCAGUACCUCAGGAUAACCACUUCUUCAGUAGUGUUCCUUGCCCCUUCACAACAUUUCUUCGUCAGUAGGUCUAUUCCUUCCGCCUCCAACGGCAGCGUGCCCACAGCAAUCCACUGUAUACCCAGGAACAGUGACUCAGCCUUCAGCACCCUGAGUCACACAUUCCAGUACUUCGUCAGCAGCUGUAUUCCUCGAAGCAGGGAGCCCUCAACACCCAGGCAAUGGUGUGUCGGCCUCAGCACGUGCGGCGUGACUGCCCGGCGGCGGCCACCCGCCCACAUUGCCACGCCUCCACGCCCCUCCCGCCCACACCCGCGCCUGCACGCCCGCACACGCACUCCUGACCAAAGAGGGGGAGGAGGAGGAGGAGGAGGAGGAGGAGGAGGAGGAGGAGGAGGAGGAGGAGGAGGAGGAGGAGGAGGCGCGUUUGACCGAGGAGGAGGAGGAGGAGGAGGAGGAGGAGGAGGAGGAGGAGGAGGAGGAGGAGGAGGAGGAGGGGGAGGAGGUUAA